AUGCGUUCCACAUUCUUUUUGCUUCCGCUCAUUCAGGCGGCUUUUGCCACUCGGCCUUUCCUCAAUGAGCCCGAUACUGGUAUCGAGGCUGCUCUUGGCAACACCCCCGAGGGUGAACUGCCCGACCUGGACCAGAUCUUUGGUCUUCCCGACUUCGAAUGGGCCGCCAGACGGUACAUGAACGACUCUUCCUACACCUACUACCGUAACGGUGCUGCUGGCGAGUGGUCCUACCGAAACAACCUGGAAGUGUACGGCCGGUUCCGCUUCCGACCCAGGACCCUUGUCGACAUCACCAACAUCGAAUCCACCCUGUCCACCUCGAUCUUGGGCCACAACUUCUCUGCCCCCUUCUACAUCAGUCCUUGCGCGUCGGGUGGUCUUGCCCACCCCGAAGCUGAGGCCAACUUCGUGAAGGCCGCGUACAAGGAAAACAUCCUCUACAUUCCUUCCCACUACGCCACUCUCUCCUUCGACGAGAUUGCCGCCGCCAAACCUUCCAACGGCUCGCAGACCAUCUUCCAGCAGGUGUACCUCAACUCCAACGACACCCAGACCAAGGAAGUCUUCGACCACGCCAAGAAGCUCGGCUCCAAGGCCAUCGUCUUCACCGUCGACUCCGCCUCCGACGGCAACCGCCACCGCGCCAACCGCUACGGCGUCGGCUCCGCCGACAGCGACUACACCUACAUCACCUGGGACUACUACAAGAAGCUGCAGAACUUCACCACGCUGCCGGUCAUCCUGAAGGGCGUGCAGACCGUCGAGGACGUGCGUCUUGCCGUCAAGCACGGCGCUCCGGCCGUCAUCCUCUCCAACCACGGCGGUCGUCAGCUCGACGGCACCCCGUCGCCUCUCGAGGUCGCGCUCGAGAUCCACCAAGAAGACCCGGACCUUUUCAACCAGAUCGAGAUCUACGCUGACGGCGGUGUCCGCUACGGCGGCGACGUCCUGAAGCUCCUGGCUCUGGGUGUUAAGGCUGUCGGUCUGGGCCGUCCUUUCAUGUAUUCCAACACCUACGGUGAGGAGGGCGUCCGGCGCGCCAUCCAGCUCCUGAAGCAUGAGAUUGCCAUUGAUGCUGGAAACCUUGGCGUCGGUGACCUGAAGAAGAUUGAUGCUUCUUACAUCAAAUGGCAGAACAACGGCUGGUUCAGCUAG